CACACGUGACUCACAGGACAGCGAGUACACGUCAUGGCGGAGCUCGUUAGGUCUCAAGUUCACUUCUCUGGUCAGGUAGAUUGUCCGUCCUUCCAACCCCAUUUCCUCAAGCCUAAUUUCUGCACGAGCUGCUCUAAACUGCUAGACAAGCAUGCUGCACACGCAGUGUCCACCGACGAUAUUAUUCUAAAGGCUCUGGAAUUCUCACAAAAAGGAGAAAAAAUUCCGAGCCUCGUUUUAGAUUCUACAGACACAACUGGAGCUUUGUAUCUGGGCGGAUAUAAAUCUGUUAUGAAUGACGCGUUUCUUGUGGAGCAUAAAAUCGGAGCAAUUGUCAAUACCGCCAAGGGGCUGGAAAAUGUAUUUGGACCAAGCUACAAGCGAGCAGUUGAAAAGGCAUACCAAGACCUCAAGAUUGAGUUUCUUAGAACUCAGUGGGUUGAUGAUACACAUGAAAAGAUACCUCCACAAAGUCUGGCUGAAGUAGUGAAAUUCAUUGAGAAGCACAGAUCAGAAAAAACCUCGGUCUUAGUCCACUGUGCUCAAGGCAAGUCCAGGUCUGCUACUGCAGUUGUGGCUUAUAUUAUGGUGAAGAAUAGUUUGGACACAAAUGGGGCUUUAAAAUUUGUACAGGAGAAACGAGCUAUGGCUGAACCAAACUCUGGCUUCAUGAAGGCAUUGCAAGAUUUUGAAAGAUCGUCUGUAUUCCUAACUCUACGAGAGAAUACUCCACGAUCUUGAAUCAUACUUUGAGCUUUCCCAUGUAACCAUCUUACUAAAAUCUAAACAUGCUAGGAACACUCAACAGCAUGGAUCACAAAUCAUCUGCAAUUAUCAAAUCGUCUGUGACUGCUGCCAACAUUUCUAUAUAGCAUCAGAGAGCAAUGUUGAUAGCAGUUACAUCGACAUAGGUGUACAAUUAUAGCAAUAUAAGAGUAGGCUCCACUGCCAACCAGGAAGUGUUGGAUAUGUAUGAAGUUUCUAUGCCUUCCAAUUUACGUCAAUGUACCGAAAACUGUUAGGUUAACUUGGUAGUAUGCUAGCAAUUAUUGGCACUAGAUGCUAUUAUUAAAUGCAUUCACAUUACCCUAGGGCCUAUCUAGAAGAGAAAACUACCAACAAGAGGUCAGUGCAAAACUGGAAGAGUGCCCACAAAUGGCUACCGUACCCAUCAAAUACUCAGUUUACCCCACAUAACAAUUUUAUUGAGAUUUUAAAAUGUCUGAUUUGAUUGCAAGUAUUGAUUCUGUAAUAUUGGGUAUUCUUCUAAUGUAUAGCUGCAUGUGCAUGUGUUGCAUCAAGCUAAUAGUACUGUGUCUAGACGAGGCCCA